UCGAAAUGUCUCCUGGAAAUCAUCGGCUGGAUAAUGAGCGAGAGAAAUUCAUUACGCGAUGACGUUGACACCGACGUACACACGAGGGAUAUUAAUGAAUUAUUAAAUAAUUUGGGGACUGAUGUAAUGACGGGAUUAUCCAGUGCAAGAGCUCGGGAAUUGAUAGCGGAAGUCGGGGCAAAUGCGCUGACACCCCCCAAGAAGUCAUCGGAAAUUUUGAAACUGGGGAAAUGCUGUUUCUGUGGAUUUUCCACGCUCAUAUGGGUCGGUGCAUUCCUCUGCUUCGGGAGUUACAUUUUAGAAUCGGCUACACGAGAGGAUGCCUCCCCAGAUCACCUCUGGCUGGGUGUUGUCCUCGCUCUCCUGACGAUGAUAACCGGAAUGUUCAGUUACUACCAGGAAUCAAAAAGCACAAAAAUCAUGGAGACAUUCAACGAGCUACUCCCACAAAAAGCUGUUGCCCUGAGGGACGGUGAAAGGAGGGAGCUCAAUGUUACUGAGUUAGUCCCUGGGGACAUUGUCCUCAUCGAAACCGGUGAUCGAGUCCCUGCUGACAUUAGAAUCCUGGAAUGUCAAGGUCUUAAGGUCGAUAACGCAUCGAUAACUGGUGAGUCAAUCCCCCUUUUGAGAUCAUCAAUGACGUCAGGGGGGAGCAUUCUCGAGAGCAAGAACAUGAUUUUCUUUUCCACAAAUGUAAUUGAAGGUAGAGGCAAGGGUGUGGUGGUGGCAUGUGGAGAUCGUACAGCGAUGGGACGAGUAGCAAAAUUGACAUCGAGACUGUCUCCAAGACCAACGCCUCUGUCCCGAGAGAUCGCCUCCUUCAUGAGGUACAUCUCCUGCUGGGCUGUCUUCCUCGGGUUCUCCUUCUUCGUGAUGUCUCUGGGGAUGGGCUACGGUGCUAUCGAUUCGUUGGUCUUCCUGAUAGGAAUAAUCGUAGCAAAUGUACCAGAAGGUCUUCUAGCUACAGUUACUGUCAGUCUUACUCUCACAGCCAAAAGGAUGGCCAGUAAAAAUUGUCUCGUCAAGAAUCUCCAAGCCAUCGAGACACUCGGCUGUACAGCUGUUAUCUGCAGCGAUAAAACAGGAACUCUCACUCAGAACAAGAUGACAGUAAGGCACCUGUGGUUUGACGGACAACUGCGGGAGGUGAUGGCUGGACACAACUGGAGAUGGUACCACGAUAAUCCUGGAUUCAACAAUCUAGCGAGAAUUGCCAGUCUGUGCAACAGAGCAGAGUGGGCACCUUCUCCAGGACCUCCACCACCCCUCACCAAGAGAAAAAUCCUAGGUGAUGCCUCCGAGGCAGCCCUCCUCAAGUGCCUGGAGGUCCUCGUCAAGGGUGGAGCUGCAUCCUAUCGACAGCAAUACACAAAAAUUUUCGAGAUUCCCUUCAACUCGACAGACAAAUAUCAGGUGAACAUUCACUCAUUCAAGGAUCGGUACCUGCUGUCUCUGAAAGGAGCCCCUGAGAGGGUCAUCGAGCACUGCACAACCGUUUCCUUCGGCUCAGAAACCCGAGGACUCACUGAUGACGUCAAACUGGCUUACCUGGCAGCCUGUGACGAUCUAGCGAAGAAUGGAGAACGAAUCCUGGGGUUCGCCGAUUUAGAAAUCCCCGGGAAGUUCUUCCCGAAGGAUUUUCAGUUCAAUGGAGAUCCCCUGAAUUUUCCUCUGCAGAAUCUCCGCCUGGUGGGUCUGAUAGCGAUGCUGGAUCCCCCACGUCCAACGGUCCCGGAUGCCGUGUACAAAUGUCGUCUCGCUGGUGUAAAAGUGAUAAUGGUGACAGGAGAUCAUCCUGACACAGCGAGAGCAAUAGCAAAAGCAGUGGGAAUAAUAACGGAGGACCCCCAGGUCGAUUCCUCCCACUCAGUCGUCCUCACAGGCUCAGAGCUCCGGGAAUUCGGUGCCCACGAACUCGACGACCUCAUAAGAUCACACCCAGAGAUCGUCUUCGCGAGGACAUCACCAGUGCAGAAGCUCCAGAUAGUCGAGAGCUGCCAGAGGCUUCACCUCAUCACAGCUGUCACUGGUGAUGGUGUCAAUGACUCGCCAGCCCUGAAGAAGGCGGACAUCGGGGUCUCGAUGGGCAUCACAGGAUCAGACGUGAGUAGACAAGUCGCUGAUUUAAUUCUCCUCGACGAUAAUUUCGCUUCAAUCGUAACGGGAAUAGAAGAGGGUCGACGAAUUUUCGAAUGUUUGAAAUCAAGUAUCGCUUAUACAUUGGCCAGCAAUGUUCCAGAGAUCACUCCGUUCCUCGCGUUCAUAGCAUUUGGGAUUCCCCUGCCUGUGGGAAUAAUCUGCGUGCUGUGCAUUGAUUUGGGGACGGAUAUGUGGCCGGCAAUUGCUCUGGCAUAUGAAGAGACAGAAAGUGAUUUGAUUAAAAGACCCCCCCGGAUUCCCCAAACCGAUCACUUGGUCAGUAGAAAACUAGUUUUCAUGUCAUACGGUCAAAUCGGAAUAAUCGAAAUGGCCGCUGGUUUCUUCACGUACUUCGUGGUGAUGGCGGAGAAUGGCUUUCACCCUGGGGACCUGGUGGGCCUCCGUGCCACCUGGGACAACCGAGCAGUUACCGAUCUCAAGGACAGCUAUGGCCAGGAGUGGUCCUACCACCAGAGAAAAGUCCUGGAGUACACGUGUCACACCGCCUUCUUCGUAGCAAUCGUCAUUGUCCAGGUGGCAGACGCCAUCAUCUGCAAGACCAGGAGAAAUUCCAUUCUCCAUCAGGGUAUGAACAAUUGGGUUCUCAAUAUUGGACUUCUCUUCGAGAUCGUGAUGGCGUGCGUUGUGUCUUACGCACCUCACAUGGACGUCGUCCUCAAGACUUAUCCGUUGAAGGCUAGGUGGUGGCUUCCUGGGGUUCCUUAUGCUAUUCUUAUUAUCAUUUAUGAUGAAAUCAGGAAAUUCUGGAUUAGGCGGCAUCCUGGGGGAUGGUGGGACCGGGAGACGUCGUACUGAAGAUUUCAGUCCCAAAUUCUCAUUUAUUUUCUUGUCCUCAAAAAGGACUCGGAAGGUAUGGGGCACUGGCGAGUGUUGUAACCCGUCGACACGCACGAACGAGUGGAAAGUGGGG